UUCAACCACGAUGGCCAUCGAGAUCACAUUCACAUUACAUUACCUCCACUUUCUAUGUCUGUUAUCUGCUCAACGUAUUUGCUAUUUACUGGAAUAGGCGCCAGUUGCUGCUCUAUUCAGAGCUCUUCAAGCUUUUCGCUUCACAAAUCUUGUUCAUUCUUCUUCUCGUAUUCAAUUUUGUUUUUCUUUUGCUCAAAUUACAUAAGUUCGCCUUCUGUGUUCCAUUUAUCACCUUGUCGUCCACCAAGUACUGGUCAUUACUCUCUUCCUUCAGGGAUGAUUAGCUCAGACUGAGAUGCAUUCAUUGCUUUAUUAAAUUGCUCUGAGUUGUUUUCAUUUUCGGGUUCAUCACCCAGCUUCUGCAUAUCAGUCUUUCCACCACUCUCUUUCUGUGAAAAAUGUUUUAAAUGCUUUAAUCAUUCACUUUCUUGCUUACCUGGACGAGAUAAAACAUAACCACGCUCUUAUAAUGAAAAAACCGGUUUUUCCCAUUAAUCCCUUGCUCUCUUUGAUGCCCCACCGUCUCCGAUCCUAUCUCUUUGAGACCCACCAUUUUUAAAGAAAGCCUUAGUAGACCAUCUUUGAACACGAUACAGUAUCCUUCAAUCUUUGUUCUUUCCUACGAGAAAUGACGAAGAAUAAAAGUAGCAACAACAGCGCAUCUCCACAAGACCACCAGGACACAAUGACCCACUUGGAUUUCUUCAAGAAAUUCAAACGCUUGAACCCUCUUGAACCCUCUCUUGGCAUUCUGGGUUUCUUUCUCGUCACCCUCCUUUUCAUUGGAUGUUUCUUCUACUUGGAUUACCGGUCUGUCAGUCGGGGCCUGCCGUACGAUGGAGUCUCUUGGCUGGGACUGAUUAAUCCAUAUACAUCAGCAGAAAUGGAUACUGAUAAUGGACGGCCGGGAUUUCUUGAUAAGCGCGGUGAUGGGUGUGACAUUUUUUAUGGCAACUGGAUUUGGGAUGAGAGUUAUCCAUUGUAUCAGAGUAAAGAUUGCUCCUUUAUAGAUGGUGGGUUUAGGUGUUUAGAGAAUGGAAGGCCCGAUAGCUUCUACACCAAGUGGCGUUGGCAACCCAAACAUUGUGACUUGCCGAGAUUUGAUGCAAAGGUGAUGUUGGAAAAGCUAAGGAACCGGAGACUUGUGUUUGUUGGGGAUUCAAUUGGAAGAAACCAGUGGGAGUCCCUCCUCUGUAUGCUUGCCACUGCUGUUACUGACAAGUCUUCAAUCUACGAGGUGAACGGGAGGCCAAUCACAAAGCAUAAAGGGUUUCUAUCCUUCAUGUUCAAGGACUAUAAUUGCACUGUUGAAUAUUACAGAUCUCCAUUUCUAGUGUACCAGGGCCGGGCUCCAGCCGGAGCUCCAGCAAAGGUGAAGAUGACUUUAAGAGUGGAUGUUUUGGAUUGGAUGUCCGCACAAUGGAAGGAUGCGGAUGUAUUGAUUUUUAACUCUGGCCACUGGUGGAAUUAUGAGAAGACCAUAAGAGGGGGUUGCUACUUCCAAGAGGGGGAGGAGGUAAAGAUGGAGAUGAGUGUUGAAACUGCAUAUCAAAGAUCACUUGAAACUCUGCUUGAUUGGAUUCACAGCAAAAUAAAUAUGAGCAAGACCCAAGUCUUCUUUCGAACCUAUGCUCCUAUUCAUUUCAGAGGUGGUGACUGGAGAAAUGGUGGUAGCUGUCACUUGGAAAAGCUUCCAGACUUGGGCUCAUUGCCGAGUUCAUCAGACUACCGUUUCAAGAUAUUUUAUGAUGUGUUAUUAGAGCAUUCAAAUGAAUCACAUGUGAUGAAUUUAGAUUUAUUGAAUGUCACAAACAUGGCUGCACGGAGAAAGGAUGGUCAUGCAUCUGUGUACUAUCUAGGUCCAGGCAAUGGCCCAGCCUCUCUCCACCGGCAGGACUGCAGUCAUUGGUGUUUGCCUGGUGUCCCUGAUUCCUGGAAUGAGCUUCUUUAUGCACUUUUUCUCAAGCGGGAGUCUGUUCAUUCACAAAAUUCUACUGAAUCUUCUCAAGCCCCAUUGUGAUCGGUAUAGAAAGCUUUCUGAUUUUUUUUAAAACAUGAUUAAAGGACUGCAAUUUGUAGACAAAAGGGUCUUUACAACAACCAGCAAAAUCAUCAUCUUGUAAAGUUGGUUUCUACGUGGCCAUUCAUCAUUUGCCAUAACAUCACUGAGAAAGAAUCAAGUUAUGCUAGUUGUUAUCUACGGUUCCUGUAAUAUACCAGGAUUGUGAUAGGUCAGCAGAUGAGCCUAACAGGCGCCAAGAGGACAGUGAGGGAAUCUUGGAAGCCAGACUUGUUGUACAGACGAAGCAAGUUUGAUAGUCAAAAUGAGUAUACACAAGCCUCUACUUUUAUUACACAGAGAAUACAAACAAAAAGGAUGUUUAUUAUUACACUUGAUGAUCUGUAUACGUAAUUUGCCUCUUUUCUUCUCU